AUUCGAGUUGACGCGGGAAACCAGGGGAAAGAUGGCCGCCUGUCGGGUCGCUGAGGAGGAUGGCGGUCCGCUUCCCGCCGGGUUGAACCUUUACGAGGCGCAGUUUUUCGGCUUCACCCCGCAGACUUGCCUGCUGCGGGUCUACAGCGCCUUCCAGGACUGCCUCAGCGAGAUCCUGCUCGUCGUGGAGAAGGUGUGUGUGCGGGCCCUCCGCGGCGCUGACCCCGCCGCCGACCCGCAGCUCCUCCGCUCCGAGGCGCGGCGGCGCGGCCAAGAGCUGCAGCGGCUCCUCGAGCAGCGCUUCCAGCGGCUCGCGGCGCGGAUGGAGGCGCUGCUGCUCCACGGCUGCUUCUCCGUGCCGGACAAUGUCCUGCUGCCCGAGGACGAGCCGCACCGCAAAUACCCGCAAGCCACACAGGAGGUGCUGAGGCUGGAGUCGUCCCUUGCAGAGCUCCACAGAGCCUACAGAGCGGAGGUGUGUGCCCGACAGGCCCUGCUGGCAGAGCUGGAGGAGCAGAGGGAGGUGCAGGAGCAGCUGGAUGGGAUCCUGAGGUGGGUCGGAGAGCUGCAGGCGGCCUGGGUGAAGGAGGGCAUGGGCAGCUUCCAUGACAGCUUCCGACUGGUGAUGGAGUCGGUGCAGAAGCUGCAGGACGCCAUCAGGCAGAUCUGCGGCACAGGACGCCGCUGAACUCAAGUGACAGUCAUGUUUUGUAACACGGAUACUUCUGUAGAAUUUGUGGCAUCCAGACUGGAGGACUUAUUUUCAACCGUUCUGGUUGAAAAUAAAUUAAAUAUGAUUUUGGAGACAUCAGUUGCAGCAAGACCUGAUAUUAAAGACAUUAAGUUAUUUCAGGGUAAAAAUGAACCUCCCACUUCAGCCCAUAUUGUACAGACACAGCAUUCCUCUUGUUUUCUAAUGGACAUUUUUGGCACUACCCCUCCCUCUUUCAUUUACACACACACACACACACACACACACCCUUAAGUUACAAAAUUUUAAUGUUGUCUUCAUCACCGAUAUAAUGAAUACUUAAGAAUCACUCACUGUUCACAAGAUUUUCAUUAUGUUGGUGUUGAUUUUGUUUAAUAAAUUACUAUCUAAGA